GUUUACAUUUGUUCUAGUUUGUGCGUACCAUUCUCAUACUGCAGUGAUUAAAAUGAUUAAUAUGUCGUCCAUAUUACGAAUUUCCGUUGAAGUUUUGCGAGGUGACUGUAAACCUACUGUUUACUCGGUAGCAAUCUUUAGUUUGACUUGAACUGACCAGUUUUGAUCGACUCAAUGUCCUGAGAAUGAAAUGACUGCAACGAACGCAAAUAUUUACAGGCAAACUCCUACAGAAGCCUUUUGUUGCCCUUUGUCUCAUGUGUGUGCGACUUCCACACACAGUAGAUCAUAUUUUUGGGAUUGUUUCAUUAUUGUGCACUCUGAAAAUGACGCUUGGAUCGCUCGAGUUCAGGUCUUUUGUGUGAAUUUAUAAUGCAUAAUAUACCGUAGCUAACGAAACAACCACUCGUUGGCUGUUACGAAAUGACUUCACUUAAACUUUUAGUUGCAGAAGGAGGAAAAUCAAAGCGGCUUGUUUUCAUGAUCAUUGCAUAAAAGCAAAACAUGCAGAGAGACUUCACAGAUUCAUGAAGAUCAAAAUUCACAACGGCAACCAGCUACUCGGGACGGAUUGUGUUCACUCUUAGUGUACUGCACACUAAGAGAAUGCACUUUUUCCACUUCAGUCUGCGCUGACAGUCAGAAUGUGCUCGAGAGGUGUCCUGCCUGGUCCAAUGAUAUGUGUUCCGGGUUGCAAUGGCAAUCACCAGGUGAAUGUAGUGCGUGUGGAGAGCCGAGAUGCCGCUGGAGGUCAAGUGGCCGUUCCCGCAGUGCCCGACGUUGGCGUGGAGGCUCUCCGGCUCGCUCAUCAUGGGCAUGGUGGGCUCCUACUCCUACUUGUGGACCAAGCACAUGAACUGCCUGACGGUGCACAACCACGAGGUUCUGUUGGAGCUGAUCGACCAGCGGCCCGCUGACACGCCCCUUAUCACACUGUCCAAUCACCAGUCGUGUAUGGACGACCCGCACGUCUGGGGCAUCCUGAAGCUGAGGCAUUUGUGGAACUUUAACAAGAUGCGAUGGACUCCAGCAGCGUCGGACAUUUGCUUCACGAGAGAGUUGCACUCGCGAUUCUUCAGCCGAGGAAAAUGCGUGCCCGUCUGUAGAGGCGACGGUGUUUACCAGAAAGGCAUGGAUUUUAUUCUGGAGAAGUUGAACAGAGGGGAGUGGGUGCAUAUUUUCCCUGAAGGUAAAAUCAACACAAGUGAAGAAUUCAUCAGGUUGAAAUGGGGUGUGGGACGCCUAAUAGCAGAGUGCACCCUCAACCCCGUCAUCCUGCCGCUGUGGCACGUGGGCUUGAGCGAUGUCCUGCCCAAUGUGAGCCCCUACAUCCCUCGGAUUGGCAAGAGAAUCACCGUCCUCGUGGGGAAACCUUUCGGCCUCAAAGACCUCGUGGAAAAGCUCCGAGCGGACAACAAGAACCAGCUCGAGAUGAGAAAAACGCUGACGGACGUCAUCCAGGCGGACUUCCAGAGACUUCAAGUCCAGGCUGAGGCGCUCCACAAUUCCUGAGCGGGAGUCGUUUUUAUCAAAGGACCUCAGAACCGCUUUCAAAUGUGUUCAAACAUGCCGACUGAACAUCUUGUGACAUCAUCUACGUUCGGACACAUGAGCGUGAUUCUUUGUCCAUUUUAUGAUUGCGUUCUAUUACUUCUCACCUCAUCUUUCUGUGUAUGAUUAGUUUUUAGCACAGUCCGUAUUUGUUGUCCUGAUUGCUGCAAAAAAGACAAAAAAAAAAAAAAGAAAGAAAAGCAUUCUUGUUGGCUUUCUCCUUCCUUCCCGCUCAGUGUCAAUGCCAAUAAAGAUUUUAUAUUUGGA